AUGGGCGAAAAUCACAAUAAGCGAAAGCAGGGGCCCUCGGGUGCUGGCCCAGCUACCAAGAAGAGCAAAGGGAGCACUGCUGGAAAGUGGAAGACACCGCAGCAAAAAACGAAAGUUGCUGGACGGAUUGAGAUGGGAAACUCGCUGAACGUGGGCGACGAGGGUAUAUGGGUCACAUAUGCGAGAGGCAUGAACACUAGGGCGUUCAAAGAGUUCACUGAGCUUUGCAAUGAGUAUGGAGAGAGCUUGUAUGGUAUCGCAAAACCAGCUGAUGAGUACGAUAACGCCAAGGACGAAGACGAGGAGCUGGACAUUGAAGCCUCGAUUGAGAAAGAACUGGCAGCUAUGAAAGCACCUCGCGAAAAGUCCGCGAAAACGGGUAUCUUUAGACCCAUCAAUGCAAGCAUUGAGUGUGUCUUCUUCAUGAAGACGAUGAAGCCAGUCGAGCCUGAUGUUCUAGUCAGACAAAUGUGCGAAGACGCCAGAAAGUGCCUCAAUCCCAGGGAGCGCAAGUGCAGAUACAUUAACCGCCUCACACCAGUCUUCAACACGGACAAGGCGUCGGACAAGGGUAUCGAGAGGGUCGCUCGUCGAGUGCUGGCGCCGUACUUUGAGCUCGUUCCCGAGAGCGAGGACAGCGCAGCCGAAGUACCCUCGGAAGAGGUGGCAGCUCCAAAGACUACAAAUAGUGAUGGAGAGUCUUUUACGUACGCCAUUCGACACAAUAUCCGCAACCACACUACCUUCAAGUCGGAUGAGGUGAUCAAAAAGAUUGCCAAUCUGGUUGAUAAGAAGCACAAGGUCAAUUUGUCGAAUGCGGAUAAAGUCAUCCUGGUGGAGGUUUUCCAGCUAUUUUGCAGCGUUUCCGUCGUCGACGGGCCGCAGUGGGAAGAGCUCAAGCGCUACAACAUGAACUCGCUCUACGGAAUGAUUCCGAGGCAAAAGAGCGGUGCAACCCAAGGCGAUGCCGAGAAAUCAUCGAUAAAGAAAGCGAAUGGUGACGAGUGA